UUAGCAUUGCUGGCUUGUCUUCCGUGCUGAUCAGUUGGCAAACUAGUGCUCCGGGAAAAGGUGAAAACUCGGCCGGGUGUUUACUGGCGUAGCGAGUCGUCGGUUACAACUUAGAUGUGAACAUUACUCACUGUAAGUCACACGGUGUUGUUCCGGCAGUGUAUUUUAGUGUUAGACAAGCGUGGAUACAUAAGUCUGUCCACCAAUCAUACUCCCGGAUCAUACCUAUCGAUUAUCUUGAAUGUUUAUGUAUCAUAUUCAUCAUGACCCCGGAAAGGUCACCGCGCAAUUAUUUUCACUGAGGUCAUGGUGUCAUUGCGCAUAUUGCAUAUGUCAGUUGACAAGCGACCGGGGAGUUUAACACACUGAAGUGAAAAUAACACUUGGAAUAAUGUCGAGAAGAAAACAAUCAAAUCCGAAGCCUUUAAAACGUCAAUCUGACGGUGAGGAUGGGGAUGAUGACAUGGAAGAAAAACUAGGAUCAAACGACGAAGAAGAUAUUCUAGAAAAAGUGUCUCCUGACGAGUAUACUGUGCUAAACCCCACAUCUCCACUUACGGAGAGUGACAGUAGUGUUGACCGGAAAUAUUCAUCCACGACGUUAUGCAACAAUGACGUCACAUCCGACAUUUCAAAUGAAAGAGCAACGGACAUUUGUGUAUCUCCUUCAGAACUUGAUUUCCUGAAGUCUCUGAGUUUCCCGAGCGACAUCCUGAGUCUACGGAAGGUUGAAGGUGAGGAGGCCCUCCGCGUUGGUCGACCAUACAUCGUGUGCACCGCCAUCCCAUUACAGAAAGGCAGUAGUAUUGGUCCAUUCCUUGGAGAACACGUGUCCCUCAGUUCCGUCCGUCAAGGUGACCUCGUCCUACAGGCGCAAAGCGAGGACGGUGAACCUAGUUUUAUACGAGUGUUGGAGCGCAGUGGAGCCUGGCUAUCAUUUCUGCGCCCUGUCUUUGCCCAGUCUGACUGCAAUGCCUCAGUAUUUUUUGAAGGAGGAAAGAUCUGGUGCCAAAUGAUCGAGGACUUGCCUGAGAACACAGAAGUGAUGGCCUCCUUCAGCGCCCUUACCUGUAAGGAAGAGUCUGUGCCUGAGAGCAAAGACGAGCACGUGGACGUAGAGAAGAAAAUUGACACCGGAUUGUGCAGUCCGAUCAAACGCACGCCAGAGGUCGCCUCCCCAGCAGCCCCUACAAAACCCAGUCCCAGUCAUGCUGCUCUGCUGUUUGGUUGUCCUUACUGUGGCGUCCGCUUUAGCAGUGGUCGGACCCUAGACGGACACCUUACCUAUUACUGUUCAAAGAAACCACAAGACUUCUCAGUAGCGACUAAAGCAGCAGAUCAGGAACAAACGUCACCCAGAUCCUGUGAUGACGUAGCAGAACAAUGUACCGAACGAAAGAGAAAGAGCCCGUCCUCCCCGGAUAGCCAGAAGGAUUUGUUUAUGAAGACAGAACCAGAAUCUCCCGGAACUAGAUCUGAGACAGAAAGUCCACCAUCUAAAAAAGCCAAACUUGUGGAGCACUACAAGUGUUCAUUCUGUUCCUAUACUGCAGACAAAAUGUCAAGUUUGAAUCGCCAUAUGCGUAUACAUAAUCGAGGAGGACGAUCUCAGACUGAGCCCCGCCCAGAAAGCGUACCCGUGCCAAAAUACGAAACCUAUUGUAAACAUUGCAAUAUUCAGUUUUCGUCCGUCAGUACAUUCAAUUGCCAUAAAGAAUUUUACUGUUCAAGGAGGGCCGGCAACAAUGACGUCACAGAAAAUGGAAGUGAUAGCAGUUCACCCUCACCCAACCCCAGUGCUAUUUCACCAAUAUCCAGAGCCUCCAUUAUGGACUCUGCAGAGUUGGCCAGGCUGCAUGGCUUCAUGGGUAACUCCCCGUUCAUGCAUGGACAAACGCGUGUUAUAAUCGGACCUCCAAUAAUUGCACCGGAAGGAGUGUCCGGUAUGCCAACUGUUAUAGUGCAGCCUGUCGUUUCUCAAAUUUCUUCCUCAGAGACCUCAAAACCGGCUGUUGUUACUUCAAGUCACCGACAUUGUGAACUGCGUACCACCUCAUCCACUGAACAACCUCUUGACCUCACAACUCCUAAAAAGCAGACUGAUAGUUAUGAGGAACAUUCGGAUAUCGUGAAAACCGAACCAAAAAGUCCCAGUUCUCCAUUGAACCUAAAGUCACCGAAAAGUCAGGCGUCUGAGUCACCAAAACUGAGGGAUGAAAGGGAGACGACUCCUAAUUCACAACAGAUUAUGUCACCAGCUCUAAUACCACCCUUGUUGCCGGUCACUCAGCAACCAUUCUUCAACAGCAAGCCGGUCCCUCAGGUACCUUCCUCUGUCAGCAAGUGUAUUGACUGUAAUAUAGUGUUCUACAAGCAUGAGAACUAUCUCAUACACAAGAAACACUAUUGUUCGGGAAGGCGAAAUAGAACCUCUUCACCCGGUACCAGUAGUGAGGAUUCUAUCGGUGCAGCAUCAACACCGGGUGCAAAAUCUGUUGAACUCGAAAACAACAAACGAGACCGCCAUUACUCGUCAGAAACGGAUAUAUCCGAUAAAUAUUCUCACAAAUCAGCCAGUCCUGUGAUUCAAAGCCCGAAGCCAGACAACAAGCAUUCACCUGACGCUUCCAGACCAUCUUCCAUCCCAGACGAAAUUCUAUAUCGCUUUUAUUGUGUUCCGUGUAAAAUCAAGUUCAGUUCCUCAAGCACGCUUAAAGCCCACAAAAAGUUCUAUUGCCCUCAUGGUCAGGAAAGCGAACUAACUGUACUACCGAAAAAGCCAUUGGAAGAUCGUGGGAAUUCUCCAGUUAACGACGACGGCGGGAACUUUAAAUGUGAUAGAUGCGAUAGUAGCUUUAUCUCCGCCAGACUACUCAAGCUACACUUCUGUACCGGUAUCACAACAGCAACGCCUCUCAUGCGUUGUCCAUACUGCGACUUUGUCACACACACGGAUGUGCGUAUCUCUGACCAUAUGAAGGUCCAUAUGCCCAGCAAGGCCUACCGUUGCACGUUGUGUGGUUACCGAGGUAACACGGUACGCGGCAUGCGUAUGCACGGGAAAAUGCAUGUUGACAGCGGAGAGGAAUUCGCUGACGAGAACAUGAUAGAGAUUGAGGAGCCUCCUUUAUUGCCUGUAAAGGCGAGACAUAUCAUAGAAAACGGCCCAAUCAAUAUGGAAGCGGAACUGAUUAGACUGAAAAAUGAACCAUAUAAACGCAGACGCUCACGCAAAUCAUACGAAAAAAGUGAGAAUAUGCUGAUUCAUUCAGAGCGCCCGAUCAUGAACGCAUGUGCUCUCUGUGGCCAAACUUUCACUGAUCUGAGAAGUUUCGCUUUGCAUAUAAGAAUGCACGAGGUAGCCGCCCUCCAGGCCGCUGCUGCUAACAGUCUUAAGUGCCAAUUCUGUGAGGAUCUGUCGGAAAAUUUCGAUGACCUCAUGAAACAUAUACAAAGUAAACACCCGGACAAGUUUAUAUUCGAUCAAGGCAACAACAGGUCAAAAUCAGAGUCAAGAUCAGAACAAACAACCCGAUCUAACUCACGGUCGAGCUCCGCAAACUCACACCCUGAUAGUGUCAACCAACCUGCGUCAAGUCUCUCCCCAACGGGCAGUCAUCGCGACAGUAACGCAAACAUAGUUGAUAUCAAACAGGAACCGUCCGAGAACGGAUAUUGCUCGCCUGCCAGUGACACUCAAAGCAAAGUCAGCAUCAAAGAAGAACCGCAGGAUUUCUCCGACAACGCUUCAAACAGAUCGAGCGUUCACUCACCUUUAAGCGAUUCAAAGUUGCAGGAAAACGAUACAUUUAAAGAUGAAGAGGUUGGAAAGCAUUUAAACUCUGAAAUUCCCGAAAAAAGAUCUGAAAAGAAAUCUCCAAGUCCCGUGUCUUCGAGGUCAUAUUCACCUGUGAUGAAGCUACCUUCGCCCUCUAUUAAGAAAUCUCCCUCUUUGGAGAGUGACUCGUUUGCUCAGCCGUUAAACGUGCCUGUUCCCGACUCCUCUCAGAUGCUCCCCUACUAUCACCUCCUGCCAGGCGUCGGUUCGAUGCCACGACUUGUUCCACUCUCAACGUCUCCCCCUACUUCCGGGGGUACGACCCCGGAAUCGCGGUCGGAGGGCUCGGGGCCACAAUACUGCAGACAUUGUGAUAUCUCAUUUAAAUAUUUUGCUACUUUUCUCGCCCAUAAAAAGUACUAUUGUACAGCACGUCCGGGCGAGGAGUUCAGUUCGCCAACACAGGCGUGAAUCCGGGCAGCGAGAUCUUUUCUAUGAUUUUGUGCCAUAGACUCUCUAUCCAUAGUGCUAUUUAGUUAUUUUUCAUUUAGCUAGUAUAUCAUACAUCGUCCCUCCGGACAUUGGUUUGACCAAGUAGUGCUAUAGAGACAGUACGGAAGGAUAUAUUGUACAUUCCAAAACACUUCACACCUUAUAUAUGUGAGUCAGUACGUAAGGAUUUACCUUUACUUAAUCAAGAAAUAAUCGUAUGAGAUAUUCUGACAGCAGUAGCGGCUGCGUGUGUGUACAGAAAUAGCUAGUCAGGUAGCAACUGUAACGGCGAUAUGAUCAAUGUUUGCAAUAUCUGUGUGUACAGUAGUACCCUAUCUAGUCAGACACGUAUUUAUUACAGGACAAAUCAAUACAUUAUUACCAGUAUAAUUGGUUUCAUUUUGUUAAAUCAAACUGUUGAAAUUGAAUACGUCUUCUGUAGUGCAUAUAUAUAUCCAACGGAAGUAGUAUUUAUAAAACAAAAUCAAAAUAUCUAGUUUCGAUUUAGGAACAGUUUUGCGAUUUCCAUGUCUUAAUAUGAAUAAAUGUGAUGCUAUGGCAACAGAACUAACAAAACUUAUUAUACUUUUCAAGAUAUAAACGCUGGUGGAUCCAACAUAAUGUUUCCAGUUAAAUCAAACGUGUAUAGAUAGAGGCCAUUAUCCAAUAUGCUAGUCAGAAACUUUUUAAUCCUGUAGUAAACCUGUUAUCUCUGAAGUCCAUGAUUCAGGGAUUUCUACUUGUUGUUCAAUACCAAAAUAAAAAUUUAUAUGAAGUUA